UCGGUAGGGAGGGAGAUGUGUUCUGUAUAUCCGACCUUGCGAGAGGGAAAGGACAGAAGGACAGCUAGUCCCACGUGACGUCAUUCCUAAACUAUCGAGCUGACUGGAGCCAUCGUCUGCAAGUCUCCCGUCGUCUUCACACAGAAAAUGUCGAAGAACGUUCCAGAAGAAGCACCCCAGGGCCUGACCCAGACAAAGAUCGCCGAGAAACUUCUCAACGACAUCAAACAAUACGACAAGAGCCGGGACAUUCGCGUGCCCAUAGCCCUGUCUGUUGCCAUAGUAGCAGGGGCUGCCACAUUAACAGGUGUGAUUGCUGUCUACACCAUGGGACUGUUGGACAACUAUCGUGGGGGUGUGGCGGCCUACUGGCUCACAUGUGCCCCGUUCUGCUUCCCUGUCAUUACCGGAGUGGGCGUUGCUUACAAACGCCAGAUGUCAAACGUCGGAGUUCACAUGUUGCUGUUGGUGGCUACCAUCGUCACUGGUGGCGUCGGCUACUUCUUCUCUGUUGAUCCCAUCUACAACCACAGGGCCAACUGCACCCGUGUAAGCAGUGAGGUCAAGGACUGCCAGAGAGACACGAUUGUCGGCAUCUACAUCGUCACUGGCGGGCUGUCGUUUGCUUUCUGUUGUCUGGGCGUCCUCUUCACUGGCCUGGCCUGCACGUGCGCAGUGAAACGCCGGAACAUCCGGUUUAACCGUGAGAAAGAGGAGAUGGAGAGGAGGGAGAGAUUGGCGCUGGAAACAAAAAACGCCAACAAGAAGUUCACCAACACCAUCCUGCUGCCUCCUGGUCAACCCGCACCCAGCAAGUCUAGCCUCAAUCUGGCCGCCAUGACCGCCCCACCGCUGGCCGCCACACCCCUGGCCGCCCCACCCCUGGCAGCCCCACCCCUGGCAGCCCCACCCCUGGCCGCCCCACCCCUGGCCACCACACCAGCACCUAACACCAAGGAAAACCCCGAGAGCAUUGUUUCUAUAAAUAGCACCACGCGCUUGUAGCAGUAUAGGGCUCAAGGUCAACCAAUUGCCGGACAUAAAUCAACUUUAUGGUCGGAAAAAUUCCUUGUUCUUUACGUUUUGUGAUGAAAAAGGAGAAGAAAACUUUCAAUUUUCUUCAGUCACUGGUAGAUGAAAAGACGUCAUGAUUGGAUUACAACGACCUUGGCCUUCAAGAAUAUCCCAGCGACACAGCGGGAGACAAGAUGAACCGACCAAUCAAAUUACACACCUUCACACACACACACACACCUUCACACACACACACACCUUCACACAC